AUGGCGGGUUCGUCUGCAGCCACGCCAAAAUUAGUUGUUUCUGGAGAAUUUAAUCAAAAACCAUUAUCUGGUCCAUCAUCAUCUGAACAAUUUCAAAAAAAAACAAUAUCAGCAGCUGUAGCCUCUAGUAAUCAAAAGAAAUUAACAAAAAUUUUAUCGACUCAAACAAGUUUUGAAAGACAUCCACAAUAUCCUAUAUCAAAACGUUUUUCAAUUGAUGCUGAUCCAUCAUGCGUUAUUUUAAAUCAACAAUCAUCGUCAGAUACGUCCAAUCAUACAUCUACAUCUCUUUCGCAAACACACAAUAAUCAUCAUUCGUUUGAACAACAACAAUCAGAUGAACAACAUCAGAAGACAGGUGAUAAAUCGCCAACUGGUACAAGAAGUCCAAUUCGUUCACCAUCAUUUAUGAAAAAAUCUGAUAGUUUUCUUGAAAUACCAUAUGAAAAAGGAGAAAUUGUUGAUCUCAUUAAAUUAGCUGAUGAUCCAAAUGCCAUUUCUCAUUUGACCGAUGAUGGUCAAGAAGUUUUAAUUGAACAUGGAACGACAAAUUAG